AAAAGAAGCAAAUUGAAAAAGUUCCAGUUUCUAUAACGUACCCGAAAAAAAUGGUGAAAAAGUUGUCAACUUUGAAUUGACCAAUCCUUAGAUCCGAUGAAGAAGCUGAGAAACUAUUACUCGAAUGUUAGGCAUCACCAGAAACAACAGAGGAGAUGCUGCUUCAUUCUCUUCCCUCUCCUCCUCGCUUCCAUCUUCUUCCUACUCUUCCUCACCACCGGACCCCGUUUCCUCCCUCUCACCCGACCCGUUUCUCUAACCGGAUCCAAAUCAUCCUCCUCCUUCGUCGAGUCCAAGAUCAAACCCAAACCCAUCUCCUCCCUCUCCACUCCUCCUCGAUUCGCUUACUUAAUCUCCGGAUCCGCCGGCGACGGGAAGUCUCUCCGGCGAACUCUCUUAGCUGUUUACCAUCCUCACAACCGCUACGUUGUUCAUCUCGACAGAGCUUCUUCGGAAGAGGAGAGAGAGGAUCUCCACGGGUACAUUCGAAACUCGUCCUUGUUUCGGAGGUUUGGGAAUGUUCAUGUGAUCGAGAAAGCUAAUCUCGUGACGUAUCGUGGGCCCACGAUGGUGGCGAAUACGCUUCACGCGGCGGCGGUUUUGCUUAAGGAAGGAGCUGAGUGGGAUUGGUUUAUUAAUCUCAGCUCCUCUGAUUAUCCUUUGAUGACUCAAGAUGAUUUGUUGCAUAUAUUCUCGCAUUUGCCGCGGGAUUUGAACUUCAUUGAUCAUACUAGUAACAUUGGAUGGAAAGCAUCGCAGAGAGCAAAACCGGUGAUUAUUGAUCCUGGGUUGUAUUUGAACAAGAAGUCUGAUGUUUUUUGGAUUACGCAAAGACGAAGCAUCCCAACAGCCUUCAAGCUCUUCACAGGCUCUGCUUGGAUGGCGUUAUCUCGGCCAUUCAUAGACUAUUGUAUUUGGGGUUGGGAUAAUCUACCCCGUACCGUCUUGAUGUACUACUCCAAUUUUCUCUCUUCUCCGGAAGGAUACUUCCACACGGUUCUCUGCAACGCUGAGGAAUUCAAAAACACAACAGUAAACAGCGACCUGCACUUCAUAACGUGGGACAAUCCGCCUAAGCAGCAUCCACACCAUCUCACUCUUGCAGACAUGGAUAGAAUGGUCAAUAGCAAUGCCCCCUUUGCUAGAAAGUUCAAAAGAGAAGAUCCUGUUCUUGACACCAUUGAUGAGGAGCUUCUUAACAGAGGUCCUGGUAUGCCUACACCUGGUGGUUGGUGCAUAGGAAGCCGUGAAAAUGGAACUGACCCUUGUGAUGUUAUUGGUGAUACCGAUGUUAUCAGGCCUGGUCUAGGCGCUAGACGGCUGGAGACUCUUGUUACUUCCCUGUUAUCUACUGAAAAUUUUCGACCAAAGCAGUGCAAGUAAAUCUUACAGUAAACCACACUGCACAACAUCAAAGAUAUAUCAGAUCUAGCAGCCUUCAUAGAUGGGAUUAGAUGUGAUUCAGGAUCUGAUUGUAUCUCCCUAUUAGUCAAGAGUAUAAGUGAAGAUACUGAAUAGUUUAGGCUUUGGCUCUUGGAAGCAUACGUGCCAUCACAGCCACAGGUUAAUGUAUUGUUGUAGUACUCUGUCUAUUCAGUUAGUUACUCUCGUUCAACUUCUAAAUUAAAAGGUGCAGAUUUUAUUCUUAGAGAAGUGAAAUAUCAUAUAAGCUAAAACAUUGCAAACUUAGUGGAGUCCCUAGUAAAAGAGGAACAAUAUAAGCUCAAGGAUCAACCAAAUAGUCUAAACUUGUUUUUCUUCUUGUCUUCAUCAUGUUGACUCUGACUGCUCUUCUUUUCCUCCAGAGCUUUGAUCAGACUAUUCAAGGAUCCAUCAACAUCUAUUUUAUGGUUUCUGGUCAUUAAGUUCUCUGCUACAUCAGCUGGAGAAAUCUUUGUCUCCUUUAACAAAGACUUGAUCUUCUUGAACAAAGGAUCAUCAUCAUGGUCAUUAAGAUCCAAGUAAUUCUUGGCAAGAAUCUUGAAAGCUUCAUAAGUGCAAUAAGACAACUCAAUGUGCAUAUCCAUUCUUCCUCUCCUAAUCAAAGCCGGGUCAAGAUUUUCCAAGUGGUUUGUUGUGAACACAACAAUCCUUUCUUGUCCACAAGCAGACCAAAUACCAUCAAUGAAGUUUAGGAGACCAGAGAGUGUGACCGAGCUUUCGUCUUUAUCCUGUUCCCCAUUUCUUUCCAAUGAGUUUCUUUCUUUUUUGUUUCUAUUUCUGGUGAGAUCAACAGAGCAAUCUAUGUCCUCAAUCACAACAAUAGACUUGCUAGAUGUCGCUGUAAGGAGUUUCCUCAACUCCGAGUUGUUCUUUAUAGCCGUGAGUUCAAGAUCAUAGAUGUUAUAGUUCAAAAAAUUAGCCAUGGCUGAAAUCAUGGUGGACUUACCGGUUCCUGGUGGUCCAUACAACAAGUAGCCUCUCUUCCAAGCUUUCCCAAUCUUCUUGUAAUAAUCUUUCCCAUUGGUAAAAGCAGUUAGGUCACUCAUGAUCUCUUCUUUCUUCUCUGGAUCCAUGGCUAGUGUCUCAAAACUCGCGGGAUGCUCAAACUCAAUAGAUCUCCACAUGUUUUGGCUAAAAACCCCCCAUUGAGAACUAGGAUUAUUCGUGACCAGCCUCGUCUGCUGUUUCUUGGCUUUAAUUAACUUCCCUUCUUCAACCACAUAAGGUACGUAUGAAUCAGUUAUAAGACUCCUUGCACGGUGGUGAAAAGUGAGCUUGAAAGAUCUUUCUUGAUCAGAAGCAGUCACAAACUCCCACCAAACAUUAGCUCCUUUGUAUUCAUCUCUGAUUUUAGCCUCGUCUCGUUUUAAGACCAAAUCUUUGUUCUCCUUCACCUGGCUUCCUUUGAGGUGCUUUGAUUUAUUGGUUGCUUUAGACUCAAGGUAGGUCUCGAUGGCCGAGAAAGCGUGGUUGAAACGGUAUUCAUCACUCUCUGGGAAGUUGAUAUCGACAUAAGGAGAGAAGAUGUUGGUGAAAUAAUCUGAAACUCUUUGAGCAAAACCGAGUUGGUGGAAUGAAGACAAAAGAAACUCUUUGAUUGCAAUCUUGAAAUGGUUAGGGAAGAUUUGUUGAACUGUUGCCCAAAUAAAGAACAAACUUGCCAGGCUUGAGCCUAUAGUUCCAAACGUAUCGCCCAUCAUCAUCAUCGUUAUACCAACAAUGA